GACAGGCAAUAAGGCCUGUUUCAGCUGCGACACAGGUGUCAUUGGAAGUCAGCGUUUGCAGCCAUUGCAGUUGUGUAGCUACUGCAGUUCAAACAGGCUGCGCGGAUUAAUACACCGGAGCGGCUUGGUGGUGUAUACCCAACGCUAAGAUUUGAGGAGGAGCCUGACUGAGGAGACACGAGCCGGCCAUGCUGUUCAGAGCGGCGACCACGCUGCGGCUGCUAGUGAGGGCAGCUCGCCACGCCCACCACAGCUCCACACCAGCACCAGCGACCACGCCCCCGCUGGAGCCACGCGGCAAGGUGGCGCUGGUUACAGGCGGUGCAGCCGGCCUGGGUGCUGCCGUCUCCAAGGCGCUGGUCUCGGCAGGGGCCAAGGUGGCGGUGGUGGACGUGGAUGCUGCUGCGGGUAGCCGCCUGGUGCAGGGGCUGAGGGCCGCAGCAGGCGACGGGAGCGCCAUCUUCCUGCACGCUGACGUCACAGACUUCGCGCGCCUCCAGGACGCAUUUGAGAUGGCGAAGGGGACUUUCAAUGGGUUGGACAUCGUCAUAAAUAACGCCGGUGUCGGAAAUGAUGUCGAGUGGCAACGAGAGAUCGAUAUUAAUUUGAAGGGCGUGGUGGGCGGCACGCUGCUGGGUCUACGGCUGGCCACCAGGGGCGCGCGUGUGCUCAACGUGGCGUCGAUGGCCGGGCUGGGCGCCUUCUGCUGCGUCCCCGUCUACACCGCCACCAAGCACGCCGUCGUCGCGCUCACCCGCUGCUACGGGGCAGCAGAGCACACGCAGAAGACAGGUGUGUCGGUGGUGGCGGUGUGCCCCGGGCCCUGUGAUACGUCGCUGCUGGAGAACGUGGGCAGGUACUUGCCCGAGGCUUGGCAGGCGGAGCAGUUCUACUCCCUGGUCCAGCAGUUCGGAGUCUCCAGCCCGGAGCAGAUGGCGGAGGGAGUGAUGCACGUGCUGCGAGACGCCACCUCCGGCUCGGUGUGGGUGUGUCACGAGGGUCGAGCCUCGCCCGUGGAGUUCCCGCAGCUCCUCUAGAGGGGCCUCUCUACCCUCUGCUCUCCAGGAGGUUUCGUGAAUGAGCUAUAUAAGACUUGCUAUCAUACCACGCUUCGUUGCAGAGCAUGGCGACGACGAUGUGUUAGAUGCUGCAAGUCUAAUAAUGCAAGACGGAGGUAGCUCCCAUGACUUCUACCUCGACAUUUUCAUACACUCUAUCUAAUUAGAUAACGCAUUUAAAUAUCUGGGACUACCGCUCGACCAAAAACUAACAAAGCAGACCCUGUUACUAACAGUAAUACCGAAACACCACUACAGAGUACAACUGAUAACCGGCAGAACAUGGAGAGAGGCUUUUGUGUGCCGUACUAAACACCUACAAAGCCCUGAUCCAACUUCUCCUCUCAUAGCCGGUUUCGCUGGAGUGUUUCGCUCCCUCCUAAUUCUCUAAUACCACAAACUCGCUUCACCUUCCGUAGGCAUAUACUUACCAGGUUAGUAGCUCGUUUCCCUCUCCACUUCCACACUAACCACUUUCGAAUUCCCUACACUUGACAGAAACUCGACACCAGUUACCUAAUCGUUUCUUCCCCGCUCGACUACUCUUCUGCACGACGGGCUCGUAGCAGCACGUCCCCAGAAACUUACGCAUACACCCUCACCACGUUCUAUGACAACGACACUAUAUCUACAUCUACAUCCAUGCUCCGCAAGCCACCUGACGGAGUGUGGCGGAGGGUACUUUGAGUACCUCUGUCGGUUCUCCCUUCUAUUCCAGUCUCGUAUUGUUCGUGGAAAGACAGAUUGUCGGUAUGCCUCAGUGUGGGCUCUAAUCUCUCUGAUUUUAUGCCCAUGGUCUCUUCGCGAGCUAUACUUAGGAGGGAGCAAUAUACUGCUUGACUCCUCGGUGAAGGUAUGUUCUCGCAACUUCAACAAAACCUCGUACCGAGCUAUUGAGCGUCUCUCUUGCAGAGUCUCCCACUGCAGUUUAUCUAUCAUCUCCGUAACGCUUUCGCGAUUACUAAAUGAUCCUGUAACGAAGCACGCUGUUCUCCGUUGGAUCUUCUCUAUGUAUUCUAUCAACCCCAUCUGGUACGCAUCCCACACCGGUGAUCAAUAUUCAAGCAGUUGGCGAACAAGUGUACUGUAACCUACUUCCUUUGUUUUCGGAUUGCAUUUGCUUAGGACUCUUCUAAUGAAUCUCAGUCUGGCAUCUGCUUUGCCGAUGAUUAAUUUUAUAUGGUCAUUCCAUUUUAAAUCACUCCUAAUGCCUACUCCCAGAUAAUUUAUGGAAUUAACUGGUUCCAGUUGCUGACAUGCUAUAUUGUAGCUAAAUGAUAAAGGAUCUUUCUUUCUAUGUAUUCGCAGCACAUUACACUUGUCUACAUUGAGAUUCAAUUGCCAUUCCCUGCAUCAUGCGUCAAUUCGUAGCAGAUCCUCCUGCAUUUCAGUUUUCCAUUGUUACAACCUGUCGAUAUACUACAGCAUCAUCCGCAAAAAGCCUCAGUGAACUUCCGAUGUUAUCCAUAAGGUCAUUUAUGUAUAUUGUGAAUAGCAACGGUCCUACGACACUCCCCUGCGGCACACGUUAAAUCACUCUUACUUCGGAAGACUUCUCUCCAUUGAGAAUGACAUGCUGCGUUCUGUUAUCUAGGAACUCUUCAAUCCAAUCACACGAUUGGUCUGCUCUUACUUUGUUCAUUAAACGACUGUGGGGAACUGUAUCGAACGCCUUGCGGAAGUCAAGAUACACGGCAUCUACCUGGGAACCCGUGUCUAUGACCCUCUGAGUCUCGUGGAGGAAUAGCGCGAGCUGGGUUUCACACGACCGUCUUUUUCGAAACCCAUGUUGAUUCCUACAGAGUAGAUUUCUAGUCUCCAGAAAAGUCAUCAUACUCGAACAUAAUACGUGUUCCAAAAUUCUACAACUGAUCGACAUUAGAGAUAUAGGUCUAUAGUUCUGCACAUCUGUUCGACGUCCCUUCUUGAAAACGGGGAUGACCUGUGCCCUUUUCCAAUCCUUUGGAACGCUACGCUCUUCUAGAGACCUACUGUACACCGCAGCAAGAGGGGGGGGGGG